UGUCGUUUUUGUUCUUAUUUCACAUCUGAGCAUUCGGGAUUUUUCAAAAUUGAAUUGUUGCUGCUACAGAUCAUUGCACUGGUUGUGUUGCUGCUGAUUUAUCUGCAAGACAAAGGCGUUCGAGCGAGCUACUCCACCACCUACAUUAUCAUCUCGCUCACCUGUGGCCUGCUACUCGGAUGGAGCAUUGGCUCCGUUCUACAGCAAGUAUUCUUCAUCCGCACUGUUGAGAUAAUCGUCAAUACGGUUCUCACGGUGCUCGCCAUAUGUUCGCUUAUCGUUGCAGUGUCAUUUUUGCUGGAGCGAAGUGACUGGAGUCGUUACGAAAGUUAUCGGCUAAUGGUCGGAACAGCCAUUUGUUUCUUGAUCCAGUCAAUUGUAUGCAUAAUGAUGUUAUCCUGGGCAUUUUAUGGAAACCUGAUCAUUGUUGAUAGUCGCUGA